AUUUCUCGAUGUACCCAUUCGUGGUUGUGAUGGUUGAAUAUUUCCGCAAUUAUUCUGAUGUUAUUUAAAAAUCUGUCAGGCUUUUGUUUAAAUUGUGCAGUUCUAUGAGAAUAUUACAAGUUAUAAUUUGAUUUGGAUUAACCAACAAAAUGGCUAGUGUCUCAUAUCAAAUUGCUAAUCUUCUUGAGAAGAUGACAUCUAACGAUAAAGAUUUCCGAUUCAUGGCAACAAAUGAUUUGAUGACGGAGUUGCAAAAAGAUAGUAUAAAACUUGAUGAUGACUCUGAAAGGAAAGUGGUAAAGAUGUUACUACGUUUACUUGAAGACAAAAAUGGUGAAGUUCAAAAUUUAGCUGUAAAGUGUUUAGGUCCUCUGGUAAAUAAAGUUAAGGAAUAUCAGGUGGAGAGUAUUGUAGAAACACUAUGUGCCAACAUGCUCUCUGAUACAGAGCAAUUGAGGGAUAUCAGUAGCAUUGGAUUGAAAACAGUAAUAUCUGAGCUUCCAUUAGGCUCAAAUACACUAGCUGCUAAUGUUUGCAAAAAAAUUACUGGACGAUUGAGCAGUGCUAUAGAAAAGCAAGAAGAUGUCUCUGUGCAAUUAGAGGCCUUAGAUAUUUUGGCAGAUCUUUUAAGCAGAUUUGGUGGUUUACUCAUAUCAUUCCAUCCACUACUGUUAAACUCCUUAUUGCCUCAACUUGCAUCACCACGCCAGGCAGUGCGUAAGCGCACCAUUGUAGCAUUAUCACACUUAGUGAUGUCAUGUAAUGCAUCUCUUUACAAUAAACUAAUUGAUCAUCUUUUGGAAGGGCUGGGAUCAUCUACAUCGUCAAGCGUCAGUCGUACUCACAUUCAGUGCAUUGCUUCUGUUUGCCGUCAAGCUGGAAGAUUCGGUGAACAGUUGUGGCGUGUUGCACCGCAAGUUUUAGAGCAUUCAACUGAUGCUGACGAGGAAUUGCGUGAACAUUGCCUUCAGGCUCUGGAGGCAUUUGUUCUUAAAUGUCCCAAGGAAGUACAACCUCAUAUCCCAACAAUCAUAGAUCUUUGUCUUAAAAUGAUCACUUACGAUCCGAACUACAAUUAUGAAGAUGAAGAAGAAGACGGUGGUGGUGAAGAUGAGGAAAUGGAAGACGAGUCAUUUGCACCUGAAUGUGAUCCAGAGUCCGAUUCUGAAGAGUACUCUGAUGAUGACGACAUGUCUUGGAAGGUGAGGCGUGCUGCUGCUAAGUGUCUGGAAUCAGUAAUAGCUACACGUCAUGAACUGUUACCUGAAAUGUAUCAAACUGUUUCUCCUGCCCUGAUUGCGAGAUUUAAAGAACGCGAAGAAAAUGUUAAAUGCGACAUACUUAGCGCCUAUACCGCGCUUUUGCGCGCCACCAGGCCUCCACCUGCACUGCAAUUGUCCAUCGCGCCUGCAGACAACUCGCCUCAAGCUCUGUUGCUGCAAAGGGUGCCUGGCGUAGUGCGUGGUGCGUUGCGCGUGAUCCGCGGGCGUAGUAUUCGCGCUCGCGGUUGCGCAUUGGCUCUUCUACGGGAACUGCUCGCCGCCGCGCCCGGCUGCUUAGCAGAUCACGCGGCGCGCGUGUUGAGGGCUCUUACGCCGGCGCUCACGGACAAGAGUACAGCGUCGUCAAUGAAGAUAGAAACUUUGGUAUUUGUCGUGUGCCUUUUACGUGGCCAUCCGGCAGAUACGAUGCGACCGCAUGUGGCGACUCUGAUGCCGGCGGUGCUGUCGUGCGUUCACGACCCCUUUUACAAGGUCACCGCUGAAGCUCUGCGCGUAUUGCAGACGCUCGUCAAAGUCAUGCGACCCCUCGAUGCCCUGGAUAACGUUGAGAACUUAGACGAGGUACAUGUGGAACCGCCUCCGCAGGAAUUACAGCAGUUUAUUCCUGCAAUGUACGAGUGCACGCUCGUACGACUUCGAGCUACUGACAUGGACCAAGAGGUCAAAGAACGAGCCAUCGCCACUUGCGGACAACUUAUAUGCCAUUUCGGCGAUUAUUUACAGAAUGAACUACCCGUGUGCCUGCCAAUAUUUCUAGAACGUCUACGCAACGAAAUAACUAGGUUGACUACUGUCAAAGCGCUGACUAAAAUUGCUGCAUCACCAUUAAGGAUUGAUUUAAGGCCCAUUUUGUCUGAUGCAGUGCCUAUCCUCGGAUCGUUUUUACGUAAAAAUCAAAGAGCGCUUAAGCUGUCUACACUUGUGUUGUUGGAUACUCUCGUUCAAAAUUAUAGUAAUUCCAUCAGCAUAGUACUUCUUAGUAAGGUGUUGAUGGAGGUGCCGCCGUUGGUGUGCGAAUCGGAUCUACACUGCGCGCAGACUGCGCUCGCGUUGGUGCGCGGCGCGUGUCUGCGUUGCCCCGCCGCGCUCACGCAAGAUGCGCGCCAAGCGCUCACGCCCAACAUACUGGCGCUCGCCAAGUCGCCUCUGCUACAAGGUGGCGCUCUAAAGGCGAUGCUGAGCGUAUUGAGCGCUCUCGUAGCUGCAGACGUUGCGGGUUGCUCGCGUCGGGAACUGCUCGCUUUACUAGUGGCGCCAGUACACAGAGCCGCUGAUCACGCGAAUUCAGCUCACCACAUUAAACAGGCCUUCCACUCGCUGGCGAAGUGCGUGGCCGCGGUAGUGUGUGCGGGCGGUUCGGACGCGUUGGAAGUGGUGCGCGGCUUCUUGCGCGACGCGGCGCACCCGCCCAACGAUCCCACGCAUAUGUUCUCACUGCUCGCGUUAGCGGAAAUAGGACGACACUUAGAUCUGAGUUCCAUUCCGAACUUGAAGGAGGUGCUUCUGAACUCGUUCACUCCGUCGUCUGAAGAAGUGAAAUCAGCCGCGAGUUACGCACUGGGAUCAGUGGCUGUGGGAAACUUGCCCGAGUUCCUGCCAUUCAUACUCAGGGAGAUCGAGGCGCAACCAAAACGGCAGUACCUUUUGCUACACUCGCUAAGAGAGAUUAUUACGUGCGAAUCAUGUACACCAGAAGGCGUGGAAGCAUUGAGGCCCUUCAUACCAGAAAUAUGGGUUCAGCUUUCAAAACAUUGUCAAUGUGCAGAGGAGGGCUCAAGGAAUGUCGUCGCGGAAUGUUUAGGAAAGCUGUGCCUGUUGGAGCCGCAAGAUUUGCUGCCUCAUUUGAAAGAAUUCCUCAAAUCUCCAGAACCGUUGACUAGAACAACUGCUGUAACAGCCGUGAAGUUCACCAUAUCCGAUCAGCCGCAAGCGAUCGAUCCACUUCUCCGCGCCUGCAUGUCGGAACUACUAGUUCCUUUAUGCGAUCCUGAGCUGGGCGUGCGUCGAGUCGCCUUAGUUGCCUUCAAUUCGGCCGCGCACAAUAAGCCCUCGCUAGUUCGCGACCUGUUGCCGCAAGUGCUGCCCACCAUCUACAGCGAGACUAAAGUCAAGAAAGAGUUAAUACGCGAAGUGGAGAUGGGCCCGUUCAAGCAUUCCGUAGACGACGGGCUGGACCUACGCAAGGCGGCUUUCGAAUGCAUGUACACGCUACUGGGCACGUGUCUCGACCGGCUCGAUGUCUUUGAGUUCUUGCGGCACGUGGAAGACGGAUUGCGCGACCACUACGACAUCAAGAUGCUGACGUACCUCAUGUGCGCGCGCCUCGCGCAACUGUGUCCCGCCGUGGUGCUGCAGAGACUAGAAAGCUUGGUUGAGCCGCUGCGGGCUACGUGUACAAUGAAAGUGAAAGCAAACUCUGUGAAGCAAGAAUACGAAAAGCAGGACGAGCUAAAGCGGUCCGCCUUGCGAGCUGCCGCGGCGUUAUUGCAAAUACCUGAAGCGGAGAAGAAUCCUCAUCUAAUGGACUUCGUGACCCAGAUCAAGUCGUUCCCCGACCUUCAACCCAUCUUCGAGUCGAUCUUAAAGGACUCGACAGGCGGCGGCGUCGACGCUAACCUCAUGGACCAAAGCUAGCCGCCGUAUGUGUCUCACUUCACUCCCAUAAACACGAUGUUCAAAAUACUCUUUGGUUUAUCUUUACGUUUUGUUUUUGUACCACAAUAUGUUUUCUCUCUCGUCAUCUGGCCACGAAGUUGCAAAUAGACAGAUGAAUAAUAUUUACCUUUUUAUUUAUUUUUUACUCACCAUUUUCGUUUUACGUUUUGCUCGCACUAAAUGUAUUGUCCGUCGCUGACUGUGAGCGGGCAUUUUGUUGUUUACAGCGUUUCUUAUGUAAAAUUUUCAUUCAUACCAGUGGUGGUAUUAUACGCUUUAGCGUAUUGUUAAAAUAGUGCAACAAAUAAGCUGUCGGUUUAGCACUGCAUUAGUUUUUACGAAGUUUCGACUUUUGAAAUAAAAGCCAUGAGUUCAUUCAACGGUUUAUUAUAAAAUUAAAAGUACGUAACUAUAAACAUUGCUUUUGGACUCCGCUCAUGUUGUAACGGAUUCCAUGCGAUGUUCACUAAGGAGAGGGAGUAGGAAUUAGAUCUACUUAGGUUGUCACUGUACAAAUAUAUUGUGACUAAUAAUGUAAAAAUAACUAGCCUUGCAUAACUAUCGACUUGUAGACUGUCUUUAGCUAAUCGAAUCCAAUAAUCUUAAGAUUUUGUUUUGUGACUCCUCUAGUGUAUCUCGACCUAAUCUUGAUAAAGAAAUGAGUAUCUGAAAAACCUUUAGGAGGUGAUAAAAAUGUCUAGUGGUGC